AUGGCCGACUACCACGCGCUCUUAGAGGCUCCAGCCGCGUCGUCAGGCAGCCAUAACCACCAGAAUAACCACGCAAGUCACUGCGAGACGUCCAGUCCAUCCACAGCGAUCCAUACAGCGAUCAUCAAGACGUCAAGAGCGCCGCCAACGCCGCUGCUCAGCGGCUCAACUGAUGAAGCGUUUAUAGAAUCCGACAGUCACGACCGGGAAGCCAAGGAAGGAGCAGUCGUUGAAGGUGCAGGUGCCAUCACUGCUGCGUCUCGGAACGCACGGCCUCGCCGCCGGGUGUGGAUUUCCGGCUACGGUCGAAAUUCGUACUUUACGUGGCGACUCCGGACCAGUGCGGUCUUGGUCCUGAGCAUGGCGGUUACCGGUAUCGCGGUAUUUUGGAUGUCCAAAGACGUGGCCCAUGGAGGCAUCUACGUCUCGGAUGUGAGCUACGCGCUCGCGUUUAAGCGUACCAAGACCACGGCGUGUAUUGCCGGGACUGAUUAUUGCGGGGCGUGUGACACGAUCGUCGUGUACGCGAUGCUCGUGUACCACGUGGCGCCACUGGUGGUGCUCAUUGGCUUGCCGGCGUCAGGGCUGAGGAUCUUUGAACCCUUUGAACGCCGUCAAGACGGCAGCGGCCGACAGAAACUCCAGCGGUCGGUGUUUUUCCAGCUUUGUGAGCUCGUGAGUGUCCUCGUGCUCGUCUUUAGUCUCCUCGUGAUCAUCUACUUUGCCUACGCGCUGUUCCAGGGCAACAACUUCUUUUGCAACAGUGGACGAGCAGUUUUGUAUGUCUUGUGUGCUGUCGUGACGUUCGGCGGCAAUUUCGUCGUGCUCACGUACUUUGCCCGGUUUCGUGAGCAUCUGAGUAUGCAAUUAGGAGCGUUUAAAGAAACGGAUCAGACGGGCGGCAUUCGUUCACGAAUGCAACGAAGGCAGAAUAGGCACAAGUCGGAACGCUCGCGGGUGGUGGAUGACGUGCGUAAACAUUUGUACAAGGAGACUUCGCUGGGCAAUGUGUCGAAGAUGGAGACGUUGCUCGAGUAUGCGAAGGAGCGGCUGGGCACGGACUUUGCACAGGAAAUGUACCGUGAUGCGAGGCUCGUGCUUAAACUUUUUGGUCGCUCGAAAAAGAACCCGAUGCAUAUGGCUGCGUGCAUGGGAAAUGUCCAAGCACUUCAGUUGCUUUUGGAAGCUGGUUUUCGCGUCGACAGCUACGACAAGGUCUCUCGUGUGCGGUUCACAACUGGUGAUCUUUUUUGGACAUUUGCGCAGAUUUUUGUAUCCAAGCCAUUAAGCUCUGAAGAUGAAAUGGCUGCCUCGAUCUUCCGCACGAUGCUGGUAACGCCGCUGCAUUGUGCGGUGAGCACAGGUCAGAUCCAAGCUGUUCAGUGGCUGAUAGACCACGGUGCUGAUGUAAACUUUAAAUCAAAGGCUUCAUACUGGUCGGACCGAGUGCCUCCGCUGUUUGUGGCUGACAACCCAGACAUCGUUGUGUUACUACUUGAAGCUGGUGCAAACCACCUUGACGUGCCUGAUCCGGGGCAUAUGAACACGCUUACCGUGCUUCAAAUGGCCUACAUGCGUGGUAACUUUCCUGUGGCACACGAACUGGAGAAAUGGGGCGCUGACGUGGCCCUCACGCCUCUUCAUGAAGCUGCGGCCAGAAACAAUACGAAAACAAUCAAGAUGCUGCUAAAAACUGGUGCUGAUCCCAAUUGCGUGGGUGAGUGUGGAUACGUUGGCAUGCAUCGCCGCACGCCGUUGCACUGGGCGGCAAUUAGUGGUGCUGUUGAAGCAGUUCAAGUGCUGCUCAAGGCAGGAUCAGACUCAGAUUUCCAGGACAUUUUCGGUCGGUCACCUCUGCACUGGGCGGCACGUGUGAAUAAACCCGAUGUUGUGCAGGUGUUGCUGAUGAAUGGUGCCGACGUGAACCUACGCGACUAUCGUGAUCACACACCUCUGUUAUGCGCCGCAUCUUCUGUAAAUGUGAGCGUCGAUCUGUUUGAAUGUCUCGUCCAGCACGGUGCAGAUACCAACGAUCGCCUCCCGAAUGGUGACACAGCCUUGCAUAUCGCCAUGAAAUGUGAGCAAAAAGGUACGGCUUUGGCACUACUGGAAGUAGGAGCAGACGUAAUGGAGACAAAUUGCGAUGGGUACCGUCCCGUGGACUGUACGACAUCAACGCAAUUGCAAUUUGAAAUCAAGCAGGCUGCAGGCGAUCGAGAUGUCAUGAUUAGCUAUACGCAUUCGCACAGCGAGUUUGCACUGAAGAUUCGUGACAGUCUUGAGCGUGCUAGCAUCACUUCGUGGCUUGAUCUCAUGGACCCGACGGGUAUUGGAGGCGGGUCAGUGUGGCGUGAAGAGAUUGCGCGUGGAAUCAAGAAUGCUGAGGUGAUCAUUUGCCUGUACACGGAAGACUACGCACAUUCUGAGUGGUGUCUCAAGGAGCUGGCGUUGGCGAAGCAACUUGGGAGACCAAUUAUUGCGGUGUCAACUGAGGGUGCUGCAGUUACGGACGAAAUGCAAGUAUACAUUUACACUCGACAAAUGGUGCCUUUCGAGUCGGCCAUCAAGAGCGUAAAUAACGCCAACAAGCGCAAGGUCACGUACGAAUAUGACGAGGCUCGCUUUGCAGCUCAAUUUCGUCUGCUGCUUGACGGCGUGCGUGACGAGAUCGCAAAGCACCGCGAGGCUAAAAUUCUCGGAAGCAAUCGCCGUCUGGGCAAUGGUACAAGUGAUGUUGCCUUCGGUGAGAAUGUUAUGGACUGGAACCAAGUCACGUUGGAUAAUACCAAGUAUGUAUUUGUUUCACACGGUGAUCAUCACUACGCCUUUGUGAAGCGUCUGCGUGACCGGCUUCAGGAAUACCAUGUGGGGUGUCUCCUGGAUGGCACACAAAUGUUUUUGGACAUGACCGAGCGCAUCCGCGCUGCAAAGGAGGCUAUUCUCAAGUGUGAGGCGUUUAUCGUGGUGCUAUCGAGCAAGACUGUUAACAGUGAACUAGUCAAGGACCAGCUGGCGUUUGCUGAAGACAAGGGAAAGCCCAUCCUUCCGGUCAUGCUGAAUGACAUGGAGAUUCCGUUGGACAAGCACUACACACUCUCGCGCGUGGAAUUGUUGCACUUUACGCCGGAGCUGGGCUUCAACUCGAGUUUUAUGCAACUGCUGAGCCGUGUGCGGGACAAUCUGACACCCGCAAACACGUCUUUCAGUGUGCCAGGAUCAUCGACGCGUCCGGCCUUUCGAGCUGUAGCUCAAAUGACACUCAUGGGUAGUGCACGUCGAAAAAAUCCUGUGGCUGCCAACAGCGUCGCUCGGUCGUUUCUUGGACGUUCUUAUUUGCCGGAAACUCCAGUAGCACUCGCGCAACCUGACGAGACCGACGCCACGACUCUUUGA